CGCCGGGCGGUCACGUGCGGCGGCGCUGAGGGGGCGGCGGGGCCGGGCCGGGCUGAGCGGCCGCGGGGCUGAGCGGCGGCGGAGCCUUCACCAUGGGGCAGUGCGGCAUCACCUCCUCCAAAACCGUCCUGGUCUUCCUCAAUCUCAUCUUCUGGGCAGCAGCAGGCAUCCUGUGCUACGUGGGAGCCUAUGUGUUCAUCACAUAUGAUGACUAUGAUCACUUCUUUGAAGAUGUCUAUACACUAAUCCCAGCAGUUAUUAUCAUAGCUGUGGGAACACUGCUUUUUAUUAUUGGACUUAUUGGGUGCUGUGCUACAAUUAGAGAAAGUCGCUGCGGGCUUGCUACGUUUGUGAUCAUCUUGCUCUUGGUUUUUAUCACUGAAGUUGUGGUGGUGGUUCUUGGAUACAUUUACAGAGCAAAGGUGGAGGAUGAAGUGGAUCACAGCAUUCAGAAAGUGUACAAUGGAUACAAUGGGACAAACCCCGAUGCAGCCAGUCGGGCCAUUGACUAUGUACAGAGGCAGCUGCGCUGCUGUGGGAUCCAUAACUACUCAGACUGGGAGAAUACUGUCUGGUUCAAACAAACUAAAAAUAACAGUGUGCCCCUCAGCUGUUGCAAAGCAGCCCUCAGCAAUUGCACUGGCAGCUUGACCCACCCAAUGGACCUUUAUUCGGAGGGGUGUGAGGCUCUGGUUGUAAAGAAGCUUCAAGAGAUCAUGAUGUACGUCAUCUGGGCAGCACUAGCAUUUGCUGCUAUUCAGCUUCUGGGCAUGUUGUGUGCCUGUGUAGUUCUAUGUAGGAGGAGUCGGGAUCCUGCCUACGAGCUUCUCAUCACUGGCGGAACCUACGCCUAGAAGAGCAUUCAGAGGUGCAGUUCAAUCUGACCCCACUCCUGUGGAAGGGGACUGGGCCAGCUCUACUUCCAUAGCUUUCUUGCCCCACGCUUAGUCCAAGCACACCUUUCAGAGCCGAGGGCAGCGGUACCGUGCACUGGUGACGGGCAAAACAACUCAGCUUUACACAGACCCCUAUAAUUACCUGUGACUUUCACUGUUUUAGCCAGCUAUUCAUGUAUCUCAAUGUUUUAGUAUACUAGUAAACUUUCUAAUUUCAGAGCCAUUUGCGAGUUCAGUGUAAUUUGGUUGCUAUGAAAGUCAAAGGAUGUGUGCCUACUUUGGUGGAUUACCUCUAAGCAUUAACUGGCUGAUUCUUGCAUAUAGAGAGAGGAUGUCUUAAACCUUCACUACAUGGAACUUUUUUUGGCCAAAGUUGUACAAAGGAAGCCAGCUGUAUUUAAUUUGAGAAGAAAAAAAUAUUUUAAUCUUGCCCCUCACCAGUGUCACUUUUAGGAGAAAAAAAAAUUAAAAAAAAAGGAAAACUCUUAAGUGAAGUCCAGUACACUUUAUAUAUAAAAGAAAUCUUAAAAAAAAAAAAAAAAAAAAAAAAAAGGACUAACCGAUUUUAGGAUUAUGUUACUGCAGUUUUGACCUUCGGAGAUCCAGUCUUUCAAACAUUAGUAGUUUAAAAUACAAGCUGGCUUUUCAGGAGUAUAAUGUAUGCACUACUGUUCUAUAAUGAAAUAUUUCAUUUUUCUAUGAAGAGCGGUUUUAUGUGUUGAGUGAACCUGUUAGACUGUAGACCUUAAAUUGGUUUGGAAACGAUGUAGCCGUGUAGAGUAGAAAAAUAGUAUGUGAAAGUGAUCUCAACUGUAAAUAGUAAACCUGAUUAAAUAAAUCUCUGUAUAUCCUCCCUAUAAA